UCUCUCUCUCUCUCUCGUCUCUUAAAAUUGGAUUUUGCUUUCAUAUCAUCAUCGUCACUAGGCCGGCUCGUCGUUGCUCCUUUUUCCGAUCACCAGAUCUGCCCUCGGUGUUAAGCUUUCAGGAAAAGGAGAUCAAAUGGGUCGUGGAUUUAGUGCUGGUGGUGGGCAAAGUUCUUUGGGAUAUCUUUUUGGUACUGGAGAGGCUCCAAAGCCAGCUGUUAGCAAUGCUCCAGUUCCUCAGUCUGAAACUCUGCCUGUGAAUGCUGAUCCUUCACCUAAACCCGCUGCUGCUCAGCCGGCUAAUUUUACCAAGCAAAUACCUGCUGGUAUCAGUAACUCCUCUACAAACAACUACACUCGAGCAGAUGGACAGAACACAGGCAACUUCCUUACGGACCGGCCAUCGACCAAGGUACAUGCGACCCCUGGAGGCGGCUCAUCUCUGAAUUACCUCUUCGGUGGUGGUGGAAGCAAUUAGCAACUUGUCUUUGCCCCGUCGGAAAAUAUGUCUCUCAUCUUCUUUCUUAACUUUGUAAAAGAAAGGACAUGGGUAACUUGGGUCUCCUAAUAUACAUGUGCUUAGCCACUAACUAUGUUGGAUGGUGUUUUUGUUUUCAAACCAGAUUUGGGAUACUGCUGGCUAAGAAAGGUCUCAUGUUUUUCAACAACAUUGUUCAUUUUCUCGAUCUGGUUUUUAGAUUAGUGAAAAUUUUCGUAGAACU